CUUCGAUGGAAGCGGGAAGUCUCCUCAACUGUCGAUUCCUUACUCGCACUUCGUUUCGACCCGCCGCAAAAUCCUCAUCAUUUCCUUCUCGUCCUCCAAUUUUCUCGUUCCACUUCGGGUUUCAUCCUCGUCGUCUUCUUCUUCCAUUCUCCAAUCACGAAUUCCAAACCUAAUUACAGAGUGCCCAAGCCCAAACGAGACUGGAUCGCCGAUUGGGUCUCCCAGAACGACGACACUGUUCGUACUUUACCCAUCUACAUUGGCGCCGCUUCCCUCUUGGUCGUUCUCUUUAAUCGCGCCCUUUAUGGCAUCGCUCCUGUUGCUGAUGCUAGCAGUUCACAAUCUAGAGCGGACCUCUUGACUGUAGCAUUGGCUGUCACCAAUGUCUUAACUGGUCUGGUGUGGCUGUCUAUAAGACCAAAAUCUAUUGCUACGGUAGAUCCCCAAGGAGUUGAAUGUAAGAGGGUGUGUAGUCCUCUCCCUGACUAUGCAGUUACUGAGCUGCUCUGGGUGUGGGAAUCUCUAUCAGAUGUCACACGCUGCAGAUCACUUGUUAUUGUUUAUGAAAACGUUUGUGUGCUUCAAAUUGGUUGCGCAGCAGAAGCUUCUUCUAGGAAGGGGGAGGCCGUUAAUGUGGAUGCCGAUAAAUUAAUGCGAGGAACAUUAUAUCAGGGUGUUAUAAAAUCUGGGGCUCAGAGUUACUUGGCUAACCUAUCUCUUUAUCCUGGGAAGUCUGAGCUGCCAUUUUUGCCUUCAAACACUCAGGCAGUAAUUUUGCAACCACUUGGAGACAAAGGAAUUGCAAUUAUUGGUGGUGACACAAUACGGGGUUUCACUACUUCUGACCAGGCAUGGAUUACUCUUAUUGGAGAAAAGCUGGAUUCUACCCUUGCAAAACAUGCGAGGCAGCUUCAACUUACUUUACAAGAUUCAAUUUGAAGACGUUAAAAGGUAUUGAAUUUAGGGGGAAAAGCAUGCGAUGUAACCUAUGAUAUUUUGAUUAUAUUAGAUUUUAGCGUCCAUCUAUCGUAAAUAUUUCAGUUGAUUUCGUUGCCA